UCAAGAUGGAAGGCUCAGAUUCUAGUGAUAAAGGAAAUAUUGAUCAAUCAGAAGCACAACGUCAGAGUCAGCUAGACCGGUUAGAUCGAGAAGAAGCUUUCUAUCAGUUUGUGAACAACCUGAGUGAAGAGGACUACAGGCUUAUGAGAGAUAACAAUUUGCUAGGCACACCAGGUGAAAUUACUGAAGAAGAGUUGCUGAGAAGGCUACACCAAGUUAAAGAAGGUCCGCCACAGCAAAACAGUGAUGAGAAUAGAGGUGCAGAGUCCGCAGAAGAUGUGUCAAACGGCGAUUCUAUAAUAGACUGGCUUAAUUCAGUCCGACAGACUGGAAAUACAACACGAAGUGGGCAACGAGGAAACCAGUCUUGGAGAGCCGUGAGCCGGACUAACCCAAAUAGUGGUGACUUCAGAUUCAGUUUGGAAAUAAAUGUCAACCGUAAUAAUGGGAACACAAAUCCAGAAACUGAGAAUGAGCCAUCUGUAGAGCCUUCCAGUGGGGAGGAUUUGGAAAACAGCCAAAGUGACUCUGAAAUUCCGAGGUCUGAAUCACCAUCUGUAAGGCAGCCUGGAUCAGAAAGGAGCACUUCAGAGGAGCUAACAACUGAGGAAGCUUCCCCUCCUAGAGGGCAGAGGAGAGCGAGAAGUAGGAGUCCAGAACAGCGGAGAACGCGGGCUAGGACUGAUAGAAGUAGGUCACCUAUUAAUCCAGUGAAUGAGACUCCUCGCAGGUCUCAUCACAAUACAUCAUCUCAAACACUUGACCACUCCUCAGCGAAUGAAGCUGAGGGAAGCUCUAGAACUAGGCAGCAUGUGACAGUAAGACAGCAUACAGUGGGGACUGAGAUGCCAAGUGAAAAUGCAGUUCUGUUUUCAACCCCCGAGACGAGACCUGUUCCUCAAGCGGCAGGUUCUUCAGAAACUAACGGCACCAGUGAGUCUGCAGCUCCUGGGCAGAGGCCUCCCACCAUAGUACUUGAUCUUCAGGUGAGAAGAGUUCGUCCGGGAGAAUAUCGGCAAAGAGACAGCAUAGCCAACAGAACUCGGUCCAGGUCCCAGACACCUAACAACACAGUCACUUACGAAAGCGAACGGGGAGGGUUUAGGCGCACAUUUUCACGUUCAGAACGGGCUGGAGUGAGAACUUACGUCAGUACCAUUAGGAUUCCUAUCCGUAGGAUCUUAAACACAGGCUUAAGUGAGACUACAUCAGUUGCUAUUCAGACUAUGCUAAGGCAGAUAAUGACAGGCUUCGGAGAGCUGAGUUACUUCAUGUAUAGCGAUAGCGAUGCAGAUCCUAGUGGCCCAACUCCAAAUCAGAACGUGGAUGCUGCUGAGCCGCAGCCCGGAGGUGGUGGUACUUCAAGCAACGAAGGUACAGAUGUUAGCUCAGGGGAGGUGUAUGAAGGUGGGAAUGAAGGUGGUUCGACAUCUGGGGCCAGACGGGAAGGUCGGAAUACAAGGGGAUCGGUCACAUUUGAAGAAAGUGGUUCUCUACCAUUCCUUAGCCUAGCACAAUUUUUCCUACUAAAUGAAGAUGAUGAUGACCAACCAAGAGGACUCACCAAAGAACAAAUUGACAACCUAGCGAUGAGGAAUUUUGGUGAGAGCGAUGCUCUGAAAACCUGUAGUGUGUGUAUCACAGAGUACACGGAAGGCAACAAGCUCCGUAAAUUGCCUUGUUCGCACGAGUAUCACGUCCACUGCAUUGAUCGCUGGUUAUCAGAAAAUUCCACUUGUCCCAUUUGUCGCAGAGCAGUCUUAGCUUCUGGUAACAGAGAGAGUGUUGUCUAAAUGAGAUCUGAAUUUAUGGCCAAGCAGCUAGUGUGAUAGUGAUGGGCAAAGAAGUCACUUCCUUUAUGGCCACUUUUUGAGUGGUUCCUCAAUGUAUAGUAAUGACUUGGAGUGAAUCUUCCCUCAUGAAAGCAUUUUCUCUGAAUUCAAGCUUUUAAAAUCAGAAAAUUUCUUUAAUUAGGGUUUUCAAGAUCUAGUCAGUAUGGGUGUUAAAUUUCACUUGUCCAAAGACAUCUGCCCGCUUAAAAAUAGUUCUUUCUUUGUGAAGAUAAUUAAGUUCUUUCCCCCACCCAGCCCCUGCCAUCCCAGUCCAAUAAACAUUUUGCCCU